GAGAACUGCUUCACACUGGAAAGAAUAUCCUGGGAUGGGAUCAGCUUGCUGCGGAUUAUCUAGAACUGGUUUUAUUUACUGCUAGCUCAGGGAGGCAGGUCCUACAGGCAACCUGCUUACACAGCAUCAGUUUGGUUCUAGCUCUGGUGGAGCCCUACAUGGUUCCUGGUCUGGAGGAGGUACUGGAUAGGGUUGGAACCUGGCUAGGUUCUAGAACAGGAGAACUAGAAGAACAGGGAGGUAAAACCCUCCUGGGUUUACUCCUGCUCCGACAAGAGGCCAGGAAACAGGAGAUAUCCCACCAACUGUCAGGAGUCAGCACCAUCUCGUUAAAAACACCAGCUGUGAAAAUAUCAUUUUGAGAAAGUAAAGAAACUGAAGUUUCUGAUAAUAUUGAAACUUAAGUUUUCUAAAAUAUUGAAACUUAAGUUUCAUAAAGUAUUAAAACUAAAGUUUGAAAGAAUAUAGAAACUAAAGUUUCAGAAAAAUGGACGAAUUUGAUGAGGUUGAGAAUGAAGUUCCUUUGUAUAAAAGGGUAGUAAAGAAGACUGGAGGUAAAGGACGGAGUAAACCUUCUCACUUUGGGUUUACCAGUUCAGAUGAUGAUGAAACCCACGUGUCUAAAACUGAUUCCUCUGUAAAUAUUACUCCACCGCCGCCGAGCUCCCCGGAAUCCAGAAAACAAGUGAGGAAAGAUGUUCUAGCGACAAUUAACAGUGCAUUGAAUCCUAAAAGAAAGUUUGAAAAUACAGAAGAAGGAAAAAGUAUGAAAAGGAAACCUGAAAUAGAAACGCAGGUGAAGGAGACCUCCAGGAGGGCUCCUAAGGAGCAGGUUGUCAAGCCAAGCAAGGAGUUGAAGGAGCUGGAGAGGAUUAUAAAUAAACAAACAGAUAAAACUGAAGUUAACAAGUAUAUUCUGGUCGUCAUUGAUCCUGCUUUAGUGUCCAGUCCUCCAGGAUCAGAAAUCCUUAAUAUUCUCAACAAUCCCCCUUCAGGGAAACCAGAGCACAUUUUCCAGUUUAGUGUAGAAAAUCUAAAAUGA